CAGUGCAACAACCCGCCAUUUAUGUUAAUGUCUUUGGAAAACAAGCCAACGUGGAGCAACAAGCUCAUCGAGAACAUUCUGAGGAAUCAUGGCGGUGAGAUUGUAUGAAGAAAGCGACCAUGCUGCUGCUUACCUGCAGUACAGAGUGACUCCCACGGAAAUGAUCACAAGGAUUAUGGACUUCAUGAAACCAAAGGUGGAAAAGAAGUUUAACCUUGCUCUGGAUGUUGGGUGUGGUUGCGGUCAAGGGACCGUACUCUUGGCCCCCUUCUUUGACCAGGUUGUUGGGACAGACAUUAGUCCUGCCCAGCUGGACGUGGCUCAGGCUAAUAGUGCGUGCCCAAAUGUGACGUACAGGCAGUGUCCUGGAGAGGAACUACCAUUCGAGUCCAACCAGGUGGACCUCCUGGUGGCCAUGACGGCGGCCCACUGGUUCGACCGCCCGCGCUUCCUGAAGGAGGCCGACCGUGUGCUGAAGCCCGGUGGCUGCCUGGCCCUGCUGAGCUACACGAUGGACAUGGAGCUGGAAUAUGGCGAUGCCACAAGUGCGCUCAACAACAUCUGUGGAGAGUUUUAUGCAGCGCUGCGACCCUUCCGAGACCCUCAUCUGGGCUCCUCUUCUUCAAAGAUCUACUUAGACAUGUUUGAAUCCUGCUCCUAUACGGACAAAGAGUGGAAUGGCUGUCUGAGACUUAAAAGGACGGUAACGGUAAACGGUUAUAUCGGCAUGGUCGAGACGUUCACCAGCUACAGGAAACUGAAGCAGAAGGACGCCGCAGAGGCCAAACUUCUUUCUGACAAUAUCAGGACCAAGUUGUUGGGCGCCAUGCAGGUGUCGUCACCAGACACGGAGCUCACCAUGGUGAUCAAGUAUUUCUACAUGCUUGCACGCAAACCUUGAUGCUUCUGACUGGUCCAAUAAAACAAAAGCUGACCUCGUCUCUUAUGGCCACUCGAGUUGCAAGAAAAUACAAAUUCAAUAAAACUUGAAGUUGAAAAGGAAA